AUGCCCGUCUACAUGCUCCACGGGUUCCGGUGGCCCCGCGCAGGCUUCACAGGGAUCCGGGUGUAUGUUGUCCUCCACAACCUGGAGGAUGCUGCGGCCGAGUAUAUCCAGCAGCCGCUGACGACGGAGCUGCUGGUGGAAUCCUUCAAGCGCACACAGGCCGAUCUCAUCCCGCGGUUGCCGGAGCUGCACUUCAUCGAAUCCUACGAUCCCACCGACGAGACAAGCAACACGGUCAGUCAGGAUUAUGCAUACGUCGGCGCCAAGGUCGUGACCAUCCCCGAUGGUGGCACGGCGCCGGCUGGUGCGGGCCCCGGCCUGAAUAUCGAAGACGUUGUCGAGCAAGGAUCUGGCUUGUCGGACGAUGCGACAGAGGCCCUGGAGGCCUUACGCGAUCGCCUGGCCCCGGGCGAGAAGAUCGGCUGGUUUAUGGUAUACAAUGGGGACCCGGACCGAUGGUACCCUCCAUCAGACGAGGAUGAGGAAGAAGACUAUUACGAGGAAGUGAGCUAUGUGGAUGAAAAAUCAUCGCAGAGCCAUAUGAGCACAGAGCCGAGCACGCCACAGAGCUAUACGAAUGAGCUCUUCCUGAACCUUGUCCACCCCUUCUCAACCGUCCUUCUUCUCUCCCAAAAUCUGUACCACAAGACCGACCAGCUUCCCUCCGACGAUAAUGAUAUCCCAGGCCCUUACAGAUGCUGGCCAGGUGAAGUCCUGGUCUUUGACACAAUGGUUCUCUCCUUCAUUCUGGUUCAGAAUCGCCAGGGCAAAACGCGCCUGGCGAAGUGGUACGCACCAUACAGCGAUGAAGAAAAAGUCAAGCUGAAGGGCGAAGUGCAUCGCCUGGUCGCCCCCCGAGACCAAAAAUAUCAAUCCAACUUUGUCGAGUUCCGACGCAGCACGAAGGUUGUGUACCGUCGGUACGCGGGCCUGUUCUUCUGCGUCUGCGUGGACGCCAACGACAACGAGCUUGCGUAUCUGGAAGCCAUCCAUUUCUUCGUGGAGGUGCUGGACCAGUUCUUUGGGAACGUGUGCGAGCUGGAUUUAGUAUUCAACUUCUACAAGGUCUACGCGAUUCUGGAUGAGGUCUUUCUCGCGGGCGAGAUUGAAGAGACGAGCAAGCAAGUCGUCUUGACACGACUGGAGCAUUUGGAUAAGCUGGAGUAA